ACAAUCCUCUCUCUCUCUCUCUUCAGCUCUUUGAGACCCAUUUUGAGUUUUCUAAGUCGGUUAGUUUUGUUGUUCAAUCAGGGUCGCAAAAUUGACUGCAUCUCUGUUUUCUAACCUUGAAAGCCAGAGCUCUCUGUUUCUCCUCUGUUUUCCUUCCCACCGAACAAACUUUUUCUAUACACAAAAGGCAUUUUGGCUAUCAGCGAGAACACAAGUUUAUCUAAAAUGGUGAGUUUGGUUGACGAAGGAGACAGGACGACUAAGCAGAAUGUGGUGAUCACCGACGCGAAAUCGGGCAUCAACAUGGAGAUAACGGUGGCGGUGACGACCAACCCCUCGGCCGCCGCCCUGUUCACCACCGCGGCGCAGAAGCCGCCGGUGGUGCCGGGCGGGAGCUACAUCACCAUUUCUCGGAAGAAGCUGCUCCAGAACCUCGAAAUCAACGGCACUGCGGCGCGAAUCAACGCCUGGGUUGACUCCAUGAAAGCGUCCUCACCUACCCAUGUCAAGUCCACCCCUUCUCUCUCCUCUCAGGACGAAACUUCUUGGAUGCUACAACACCCAUCAGCUCUGGAAAUGUUCGAGCAGAUAACGAGCGCUUCGAAGGGGAAGCAAAUCGUGAUGUUCCUCGACUACGACGGCACGCUUUCGCCGAUCGUCGACGACCCGGAUCGAGCUUUCAUGUCCGAUUCGAUGAGAGCAACAGUGAGAAAACUUGCCAGAUACUUUCCCACUGCCAUAGUGAGUGGCAGAUGCAGAGACAAGGUGUAUAGCUUUGUACGACUAGCAGAACUGUAUUAUGCCGGAAGCCAUGGAAUGGACAUUAAAGGGCCAUCAAAAGGUGCCCAAUACAAAAAUGAUGAUGAAGGUGUUCUCUGUCAACCUGCCAGCGAAUUUGUUCCGAUGAUCGAUGAGGUUUACCAAGCAUUGUUGGAGAAAACAAAAUCUACUCCCGGUGCUAAGGUGGAACACAACAAGUUUUGCAUCUCCGUGCAUUUUCGCCUUGUCGAUGAAAAGAGAUGGUGUGAAUUGGCGCAACAAGUGAGGUCAGUUCUAAAGGAGUACCCAAAGCUUCGAUUGACUCAAGGAAGGAAGGUAUUAGAGAUCCGUCCUACAAUUAAAUGGGACAAAGGGAAGGCUCUUGAAUUUUUGUUAGAGUCUCUUGGGUAUGCUAAUUGCACCGAUGUAUUUCCUGUUUAUAUUGGAGAUGACCGAACAGAUGAAGAUGCAUUCAAGGUUUUAAGAGAAAGGGGACAAGGUUUUGGCAUUCUUGUGUCCAAGAUUCCGAAGGAAACCAAUGCAUCUUACUAUUUGCAGGAGCCAUCCGAGGUAAUGGACUUUCUGCAACGCUUGGUGCAGUGGAAAAGACUGUCAUUGCGACGACAACUCCGGGUCCGGAGACAGCUUGAGGAACUCAAAGUGUCAACAACUGAGAAAUGUCUUACCGUGGAGUGACAAUAUGUGAUUUCGAGUUCAAAAACUAGGGAGAAAAAAAAUGAACAAAAAGAGAAGGAGGAAGGAGGGGAAAGAAAUAUUGGUUUCCUCUAGGCUGUAAGGCUUGUACAUCAUGUAAUUUAACUACCCAUGUACAAGGAAAUUAAAAAGCUUUUCUCUUGGUCGUGACUAUAAAAA